AUGCUGAGGCUGCUGCUGCUCGCUGUGCUCUGCUGCUCGGCUCCGGCUCUCAUCAGGGUUCCUCUGCGGCGGGAGCGCUCGAUGCGCAGCCGCCUGCGCGCCGCCGGCCUGCUGCACGACUUCCUGCGGGACGGCAGCCCCGACACGUUCGGCCGCCGCUACGCCCCGUGCCUCCCGCCCGGGACGCCGCUGCAGCUGGGACGCUCGGGCGAGAGACUCCACAACUUCAUGGACGCUCAGUACUACGGGGAGAUCAGCCUUGGGACGCCGCAGCAGAACUUCUCUGUGGUGUUUGACACCGGCUCAGCCGACCUGUGGGUGCCGUCCAGCUACUGUGUCAGCGAGGCCUGUGCCAUGCACAGGCGGUUCAAGGCGUUCGAGUCGACGUCGUUCCGUCACGACGGUCGGAUGUUUGGGAUUCAUUACGGCUCGGGACACCUGCUGGGAGUCAUGGCCCGCGAGACGCUGCAGGUCGGGGGGCUCGCCGUGCUGAACCAGGAGUUCGGCGAGUCGGUGUACGAGCCCGGCGCCGCCUUCCUCAUGGCCAAGUUCGAUGGGGUUUUGGGGAUGGCCUACCCACCCCUGGCAGAGAUCCUGGGAAACCCCGUUUUCGACAAUAUGAUGGCCCAGAAGGCAGUGGAGGAACCCGUGUUCUCCUUCUACCUCAGCAGGAGCACGAGCAGCACUGACCCGGAGAGCGAGCUGUUGCUAGGUGGAACGGACGAGGCGUUGUACCACGGACCAAUCACGUGGCUCCCCGUCACAGCUAAAGGAUACUGGCAGAUUAAAAUGGACAGUGUCGCGGUGCAGGGUGUCAGCUCCUUCUGUCCUCGCGGUUGCCAGGCGAUCGUUGACACGGGAACGUCCCUCAUUGCCGGACCGACCAAUGACAUCCUCAGUCUGCAGCAGCUGAUCGGAGCCACGCCCACAAACAUUGGAGAGUACCUGAUAGACUGUGUCCGGGUGUCCAGUCUGCCUCAUGUGACCUUCGUCCUGGGAGGAACCGAGUUCACUCUGACAGCACAGAGCUACGUCAGGAAGGAAGUGCUGGGCGACAAGCAGCUGUGUUUCAGUGGUUUCCAGGCGGUGGACAUCUUGUCUCCUGAGGGGCCGCUGUGGAUUCUGGGAGAUUUAUUUCUGACGGAGUUCUACAGCGUCUUCGACCGCGGGCAGGACCGCGUCGGCCUGGCACCCGCCAGGCACCUGGCCCCCGCCAGGCACCUGGCCCCCGCCAGGCACCUGGCCAACUGA